AUGGCCACCAUGAGUAACUCGAGUGCAUUGGGAAACUAUGCCUCGUGCAAGUACAAAGGCGACCUCUGCCUUACGAGCAUGAUUGAGGUCCCACGUCCGAACGACCGCGAGGCAUUGGCGCGCCACCCAGAGUUCAUUGCGACAACCUCCCUCCAUCAGAAGAGAUGGACGAUUGAAGGCGGCCUCUGGUUGGCACUCCUCCUCCUGUGGCUUGCGCCAGCCGACUUCACCGAUUCUCUGGAGGAGCUUGUAGUCUACGUCAACCUUGAGACACUGCCGCACCAUCUCUGCUGGGUGUUCCUCUUCAACCUCGUGAACAUAACCAGUCUCCGCCGUAUAAUCUUCAAGGACCAAAACAUCCGCCCGCUCCACUACACACAAGACGUAAAGCUUCUGCAAGAUAUGCUCGUAGACAAACUCCAACCGAUUCUCCACCUUCCUGUAGUCGUAGCCGGAUACAAAGUAUUCUCCUUCGAACCAGGCGUGGCGCCAGAGAAGCGACAAUGGGAUAUCGUUGCCGCGCAGCAUGUGGACAUAGGAAUACUCCCUCUGCUUCGAGAGAUGCGCGACGAAGACCGCAUCCUCAGUGACCGCUUCAAGACGAUGAUGAAGAACGAGAGAGAAAGUCCGCUCGAGAACUACUUCGAUGUAGACACGGCCGAUUUCUUGAGAUGGGCCACAUCCGAUGCUGGGCAGAGCUCUGAUGCGUCCCCACAGGCUGACACUCCCCCAACGAGCCGCUGGAGGUAG